AUGGUGGACUACCCUUUUGUGUCAAGUGCUGACAAAACCUACGAGUCGACUAAUGAUGAGGCGGAUUGGACUAACACCAACAACGGCAUUCAAUCCUCAGGAAGCCCAGGUCCUCAUUCAUGGACAGCUAGCCAAACAAUGCGGGAGUCGCCGGCCAUCUUCCACCCAUCAACAUUUUACGAUCAAGACGCUGAUUUGGCUGAAGUACUCCAGCAGGAGGAAUCUGAGAACCCCCAGUCGAUUUCCCGCAAAGCCCAUUUGUCCCAUUCGCGCUCUUUCCCCGGUCUCCAUCAGUCCCCAGCCCAGUCGGAUUCAUCAAACUUCCGCGCUGCUUCAGCUUCGCUGGAAUUGGCACAACCAGGAGAUUUCAAUGCUUAUUCUUUCGAAGCUCAAAUGAACUCCUCAUCCUCCCUAUUUCCACCCUCCAGCGCGGUCACGCAACAGUUUUACUCGCAAGAUCCCUACAAUCAGUAUAAGGAAUAUCAGCAGUCUUCCAAUGGCUUGCAGCCAACGCUAACCGGAAUGAGCAAUUUUCGCUCCCGGAGCGACAGUGAGGGCUCGGGCUCGUGGGCCGGCAUCAAUACUCCGAUGACUCCGAGUGAUAUGAAUGUGAACAACGGAGGUUACAAACCUGACCUUCAUGGGUCAUCUGGAUUUGCGCACAAUAACAACCACCUGAGACUCCACACAGACCUUUCGGCGCCCCAAUAUCCAUCUUCAGCCCCCGCCGACUCAGCUUUCCACAAUUCGCGCUUUUCCACGUCGUCGCAAUCAAGUCUUCCUCCAUUUGACUCCGCAGAUCUCCAACCACACUCAGCGCAACAUGCUUAUGCCCCUAAUGGCUUCCCUGCACCGCCGGUCCUCCAGAAUGUUCGCUCCGGCUCCACUGGCCGUCGGCCUCAAGAUGCAGAUGACUCAAAUCAAGAUGCAACUAUCACCCUCAAUCUUGAACUUCAUCACGCCAACCGAUCACUCUCGCCCAACACGCACUCUCAGACGCUCCAUCCCAUGUCUGCCGGCCCGGUUUACUCUCGGUCGUUGUCUAUUGAAAGUAAUGCGAUGAGUCGGAAUCGCUCAACGUCAUCCACCCCUGCCGAUUUCAGUGAGCAUCUCCACGAUUGGAAUCCAAUCCCACACCAAUCUUCCCUCCCAAUGUCUGCUCCCAUAGGCCAGCAGUUCUCCAAUUUACAUUUAGAUACUCCGGACCAACUAUUUUCCGCUUUCAUGUCUCCGAAGAGUAUGAUCUCUCGCGCAGAGCGCGAAGCUCUGUUGGCCCCUUUCAUUCGACUCUACUUGUCCUCUACCAAUCGAUUUCUGCUGGGUGAACGGACAGUAUUAGUCCUGUCUGGUAAGGUCGCGCAGAAGUCUUACGGAGCAGAGAAGAGGUUCCUAUGUCCGCCCCCUUCAGCGUUAUUGUUAGGUUGUAGCUGGUGGGCUGCCGCCGAGGCUGAUCCUCGUCGUCCAAUGCCAAGUCCCAAUCGCCUUGCUUUACAUCCGCCGACAACCAUUAUCAGCAUGUCAGGAGAGCACAGCAUUCCUACGGAGGCUUAUUCCGAAUGGAUGUCCAUGUCUGGACAUGUUGUGGGUGAUCAAGCAUCUCUGGAUGAUGUUGUCAUAGCUGGGCGUUGCGUCGGAAAGCAACUACAUAUCUCGGAGGUGGAUGAAAAGACUAAGAAAGUUGAAGCCUUAGUUCGCGUGAUUGCACCUGGGUUUGGCCCACCUGAGGCUCGUCACAUCGGCACCUUCCCCAGUAAACCAAUCAAGGUGAUAAGCAAACCCAGCAAAAAAAGACAAAGCAUUAAGAAUUUAGAUUUAUGUAUACACCAUGGGACUACAAUUGCUCUGUUCAAUCGGUUGCGCUCACAAACCGUCUCGACAAAGUAUCUUUGUGUUUCUGGCCCAUCAGCAAGCUUCCCGGCCGGUGAUUGGCGUGCGAUGAGCGGAAUGGAGGAGAAGCCCUUUGCUCCAGGUGAAGAUGCAACCUGUUUUGUUGCGCGCACUUCCGCAUGGGAUCCUUUCAUAAUAUACCUAGUCGAUCCAUCUAAGCCAGCCACCGUAGCCGAAAAUGUCGCCCCUGCCUACCCCCCUCCACCCGGCUAUCCACGAGCCCCCUCGAAUGCGCUUCCAGUCAAUCCGAAUGCUGGCCCGAUUCCCAUUUAUUACAAUCAGCCCAUUGUCCUUCAGUGUUUGAGCACGGCCGUAGUCUCACCUGUGAUGAUCAUCCGCAAGGUUGACAAAGGGUCUACGGCAAUCGGAGGUGCAAGUUUGGAAGGGAAUGCGUCAUCUGGCCAGCGGGAUAUGCCCGUCGCGCCCGGUGAAGUCUUAGGAGAUCCGGUCUCUCAGCUUCACAAGAUCGCACUCGAAGUGAUGACUGAUCCACAAGGGGCCUACUUCGCUCCAAUCACAUCGCCCUACGCGGGUUUCCCCGGCUCUGGGUCUUUCUUGGCCUGCCUGGGAGAGAAUGUCGGUGUUCAUCGAGCAGAGUCAGGCCGCCAGGCCGUCCCCCCAAUAAUGACACCACCCCCCAGCGCAUCCUCAGCUAGAUCAUUUGGCGCCACCAACUCCGAUGCCCUGGCAGAGGCGAAUUAUCUCGCAUCCCACCUCAGCCAGCCAAUCGCUUCUUCCGGGAAUUCACGUGCCCGUAGCAACACCCCAAGUGGCGGGUUAGAGCUAGAAUUGGGUUCCUCCGACGGUGGUAAAGUAAAGCGACCUCGCAAGGCAUCAACCUCCCUGCUCCACGGUCGCGCGCUUAGCAAAAAUCGAAAGCGCGGAGUAUCGAUCGGCUCGUGUGGUCCUGACGAGCACAGUUCGGAGUCCGAGUGCAGCCAGUCGAAUUCCAUGUAUCCCCACGCGUCGAAAGUCUGGACAAUCGAAUGCGGUGAACCUGCAGUCUGGACCAUCGUUGGUUGUGACGUUGAACGCCACACGUUCUGGAUCCCACCUGUGUUGAUUAAUGGGAAACCCUCGUCCCCAGUUUCUCCGGGUGCCGUAAGCGAUGUCUUUACAACUCCAAUCCCAGCUACGCCGAUCGGAUACGACACCGCCACCCCGAUACCUAUGAUCUCCAAAUACCUGCCACCCAACCCGGCCGCAUCUGAUCCACAAGAGCUCAAGAUGAUUAUUAUUUACGGUGUAAAUCUUUCGCCCCAUUUGCAUGUUUGGUUUGGUGACAUCCCCAGCCCACAUGUGGAGCACAAGUGUGCCGAGGUAAUGUUGGCUCAACCUCCGCAUCAUCCUAUGAACGGCCAGAACCCCACCGCUAGGCAAAUUAUCCUCGUUAGUGAUGACGGGAUCGUUUUUCCUUCCAAGGUGUAUUUUACAAGCUUCUGA